AUGGAGGAGGGGCAAGGAGUGGACUUGCAGAAGUUUCUUUAUAAGGUUCAAAGGCCCAGAUAUGUUCAUUUGAUGUUGCCUGCAAAUCAUGGUGAAUCAAGUUUCGAAAACUUGGAGAAAAAUGCAUGCAUUCCCAACCAUAGAUUCUUCUGA